UGUUGUCUGUUGUCGCAGAUAACUCUUCCACCGCGUAUUUAAGUCAUGUGCACUGGACAUGUGACAUUAUGCGUCGCAAGUUGUUCCACGCGCCUCGUGCAUGGCUCGCUUGUUGCUCCUCGUGGUGGUGGCGACUGUGUGGCUGUCCUCGACGGCAGCAAGUUCCUCUAUCUACUUCGACUACGAAGAUGUGUCGGCGAGGGUUAACGAGCCACUGGAGCUCACCUGUGGCGUGGAAGGUCACUUCCGCUACUGUGCCUGGUUGACAGAGCGCGGUAACGCCUUCCAGGUGGAGGACGUGCACGCCGGCCUCCACCCUGGCAUGAGGGCGCCAUCCAACCUCACUCACAACCAAUGUGGCAUCGUCGUGGACGCCUUGACUGAAAUAUUCCUCGGGAAGUGGACCUGUCAUGUGUACUUGACUGGGACAACUCUGAUUGCCGAGAAGACUGUGGGCAAGGCGCUGGAUUGCCCUGCAUCCUUUUCACAGAUAGGCACCGAAUGCUACUACAUCCAUCACGAGAACACGGUUACCUGGGAAAAUGCACGGGAGUUCUGUAAGUCUCUCAACUCCAGAGCGGACCUGGCGGUGAUGGACGACUGUCAACAGCUCCAGCUAGUGUGGCACAAGAUCCACAUAGAGUAUCCAGACACCUGGUACUGGAUUGGCGGUAGAGACCGAAACCUGGAGGGUUCAUGGUACUGGGUGACUGACGAGGCGGUGGAUAUGGGUAUUCCCUUUUGGUAUCCCGCAAGGCCCGAGGGAAAGGGUGAGUGCAUAGUGCUUGAAGCUUUUUACGGCUACUUCGAUGAUUACCCCUGCUCCUGGAAUGGUUACUUCGUUUGUCAAAUAUUGUAUUAAAGUCUUGGUGGUGAGUCUAAAGAACUAUGAUGCUCUGGGGCACCUAACUGUGCGGAGGCAAGGCAAGGCAACUCUCACGUUACGCAGGAUGAAACAAGUGUGGCUAACAACUAUUGGAGUUGUCGUCAUUGGUCUCCAAUAAACAACACUGUAUUCAUGUUUUCUGUCGUAGCACCAGUCAUCUUAAAUAUCCAAUAAAUACUGAAAAAGCUUCAA